UCAUUCAAAACAAAGGCGCAUGGCGAAAAUUUAAGAUUGGUUUGGUUGUGUUCACCGACCAAACGUUUGAUUUUGAAAGUAUCCUUAAUCUAGGAAGACUGAGAAGAUGACACGUACGGUGUCAAAAUCCACCAAGAGCAGCGAGCAGGUUGCUCAUCAGAAGGUCGCGCGAGUGCCUUACUUCCUGCACAGACUGUAUGAAAACAAAGAAGGCUACGAUUGCACUUUUAAAGUGGCAGGAAAGAUUUUCCAAUGUCACAAGCAACUAUUGGCUUGGGCCAGUCCGGUCUUCAAGGUGAUGUUCGAAGGGCCGUUUGCCGAGUCUUCCAAUGGGCCUGAUGAUCCCAUUCCUAUUGAUCACAUGACCCCAGAAGGAUUUGAACUCUGCCUGAAGUACCUGUACAAAAAUGAAAGACAGUUCCCACCAUCCAAGAUCGGGGAGGUGCAUUACUUUGCCAAUUUGUGGCAAAUCGCUGAUCUCGAGGAAAUAACUGAGGGCUUCCUAUCCCAGACUAAAGCCGCAGACUUCUGCGAAUCGUAUGCGGCUGCCAAGGAGUCUGGAAACAAAGUACUAAUGAACUUCUACAUGAAGAAAAUUUGCUCCAACUUCAAAGAAGUGACUGGUGCAGCUUCGUGGCCGCUCACAUCAGCAGAAAUAGUCGCGGACAUUUAUUCCCAGGAAGAUUUCAAGUUCAACAUUGUCUCCGAAGCCAUACUCUUUGAAAAUUUGGUCAAGUGGGGUGGCAAGAAAAGGACGCGAGAGGUUCGGAAGCUGGCGCCUCUGAUCCACUUCUUCACCUGGGACCAAAGUGACUCUUACCACACGUACAGGGAUGAGCUGCGAAAAGUGUUCAACGAAAAAGAGAGGAGCCUCAUCAGAAUUUGCAGUAGUCUGAAGGACAAUGUCAUGGGCAUAGUCAGAUCGCUGCCUGAUGAAUUUUGCAAGAGCAGAAUCGAAAGGACGAUGCACCAGGGAAGGUAUGAAAUGAGGUGGAAAUACAAGGCCGAACCCCCGUUGCCCAUGCUGCCCGAAGAGACCAUUUCGUCGUCCUUCAAAUUUUGGGUUGAAGAUGAAGUUUACCUGCUUGGGAUUUACCACUACAUUGUCGACGUCCUUUACUUGAAUCAUAAGCACAACUACGAGGUGGUGCUCAAGGAAGGCAACGCAGUGCUCAACCAAAUGAAGUUUUUCGGCCUGACCAGACCAAAAGACAUAACAUCGAACCAGAGAUGCACCAUGGAGUUCAGCUUUCCGACUCGGCUGAAGGCAGACGUUGCGUACGAAAUCGUCGUCUUCAACAAAGGAGGUGUGAAGCAGAGAAUGAGCACCACAGUGACUGCCCUCUGCGCCAGUUUGUGGAAGAACCAGGUUGCCAAUCUGCACAUGAUUGGCGGCAACUGCACCGGAGAGAUCUUCGGACUUGCUGUGGGAAGAGUAGUGUGUUCCAUUGAGUGAAGCGUGCAAAAAACAACUUUGUUAAAAAAUCUAGUAAAUUAAAUUGAACUUAACAUUGUUUUCAAUACGAGAUUUCAAAUAUUGAUUUUGAAUAAGGUAGCAAAUACUACCCAUAACUGAAAAAGGUUCCUUUUUUUUAAGGUUGUUCAACAAUAAAAGAGUUGAAAUGA